UUUGAUUUUUUACUUUCAAUUUUCUGAUUUCAGACAUGUCAAAAGAAGAGUAUACAUUUGGAAGAGGUGAAAAUUGUGAUGUUCCAUUUAACAACAAUGGAGCUAAGAAGCAUCAAUGUUUUCAAGCCUAUAGUAAAGUUCACUUUAAAAUUUCACGACAAUUGACAACUACUGGUGUUCAUGUUUUUCUUGAGGAUAUGUCCAGCAAUGGUACAUUCGUUAAUGGAGAAAAAGUUGGUAAAGGGUGUAAGCAAGUGAUAAACAAUAAUGAUGAGAUUGCAUUAGCGCUAAAGAAAAACAAAGCAUUUAUGUACAUGGAUCUAACAAGCACUAAUGAUUCAGACCUUCCACCAGAAAUAAAAGAGAAAUAUACACUCACUAAAACUUUAGGAAGAGGGGCAUGUGGUGAGGUGAGACUGGCAUUUUCUAAGGGCUCAUGUGAAAAAUUUGCUGUCAAAAUUAUUGUAAAAAAGAAGUUUUCUACUGGUGGGCGACAUGCUGUGAAUUUGAGUAAACAGGUUAUGAGUGAGGUGAAGAUAUUAAAAGCAUUAAAACAUCCAUGUAUAAUAGGCAUAGAUGAUGUAAUAGACACACCAGAGGUUCUAUAUAUUGUGUUAGAAUUAGUGGAAGGUGGUGAAUUGUUUGAUAAAGUCGUCAGUUUAAGUCAGUACGAUGAACCAACAGCCAAACUUCUCUUCUACCAGAUGGUUCUAUCUUGUAAAUAUUUACAUGAUCAGGGUAUUACACACAGGGAUUUAAAGCCUGAAAAUAUUUUAUUAUCUACUGAUGAUAAAGAAACUUUGAUAAAGAUAACAGAUUUUGGUCUGUCCAAAUUUGUUGAUGCUGGUUCAUUAAUGAAAACUUUCUGUGGCACACCAACCUACCUCGCACCAGAGAUCCUUAUAACAGCUGGAACAGGAGCCUACACGAAGGCCAUUGAUUGCUGGAGUUUAGGUGUUAUACUCUUUAUCUGUUUGGCUGGUUAUCCACCAUUCUCAGAUGAACGUAAGGAUAUGGACUUACCCAAACAGAUAAUGGGCGGUCAUUAUACAUUUCCUAAACAGUAUUGGAAAGAAAUUUCAGAAGAUGCAAUAGAUCUGAUAAAGAAGUUGAUGACAGUAGAUGCCAACAAGAGAAUAACACUAGCUGAUGCUCUUAACCAUCCAUGGUUUGAUGAUGAAGAAAUGAAAGAGAAAGCCCAGGCCUUGAUGUACCCUGAAAAGGGAUUUAGUAUGGGACCACCUGCUGCAGUGCCAAAGAAAAGGUCUUUGGAGGGAAGUACAGGAGAUGGUCCGUCACCAAAGCGAAAAGGAUCACAAGACACUGUGUCACCACCCACCACUCCUACAGUAUAAAUAGGGCAGAGUAUGAAGAUGGUAUAAGGGUAUAUGGUUUGGUAUAAAGAUGGAGUGACUAUUAUAACAAUCAGUGAACGUUCACAGCUGGAGCUGAUAUUAACUGUUUUAGGUCUUACUUUGUGCUGUAAGACUGGUAUUCUGUCAGAACUUGUUGUUAUUGUUAUUAUAUUGUCUACAGAAUUACAGAAAGUAGAUGAUUUUGUUCUAGUUACUGUGUUAUAUGAUAGGGAUCAUCUCAUCAUUUCAAGUGUUUAAGUUAAAUAUUGUUACAUAAAAGUGUGUCGACUUGGUACAAAGUGAUUGUGUCUUUUGUGAACCAAAGAUGCAGUUUUUUAAUUAGUCAAGUCCUCAAAUUGUUCUACUGCAUUCACAUUGUAAAUACGGUGUGAAAAUUCACAGAUCAGUGAACAAUAUAGUCAGCUAUUAUCAAUUUAUUUAAUAUCAUAAAUAUACAAAGAUAUAUAACGUCAAAACAGUAACCUAGGGGUGGCGAAGUGGUUAUGGUCGUUAACUUUAAAUCACUUGGCGCCUCACUGCUGUGGGUUCACAUACAAACAAACUUUAGUCUUUCAUGUGAAGAAGCUAUCUAGCUACAUGUAGCUUACAGAACAUUGGAGGUUUUACUUGGGUGACAUUGUUGCCUGAAAUAAUGCAGGGAAGGGCACCUUUUGUUUAACUGUUAAAGAGCAAAUGGAUGACCGGUUACAUAUUGUAUUCAUGUCAGAUAUAAAUGGUGUAAACAAGUUAUCAGUAUAUUUUAGGCAUAUACAAACAUUUGACUUUCUGAUUUUUUUUACAAUAAAUUGUGAGGGACCAUUUGACUAUACAUGUAUAUAUGUCAAAGGUGUGCAGCAUGUUUUAAGCAACACUUUUGCUAUUAGAUGAUUUACAUGACAUAUUUUAUAAACCAAGUUCCAUGUACCUCUAUAAAAAUAUCAUUAUAUGCAAUUUUCUUUUUGUUUCAUUAUUAUUUUACUGAAUUUAUGAUGGCAUUAUUUUUGUUUGUGUUUACAGUCAAACUAAAAAAACAUAUACUUGUUUUAGAUUUGAAACUGUGUCAUUUGAUAAAAUGUUUUUUCUGUGACUGUUGAUUAUGUAAUAUAUUUCAUUCUUUAAUUGAACAAUUGAACAAAACAAGCUUAUAUUUGCUGUAAGAUGAAAUUAUACUGAUGAGAGUUUUAUAUAUGUACUUGUUUUUCCUGGCAGCUGAUUGUAUAAUUUCCCCUUAGAUUUUGCAAUGAUUAGCUAUAAUAGUUGUAAAGGUUUAGGUUUUGUAGUUUACAUUUAUUACCAAGGCAGUGUUUGUACAGAAUUUAUGUGAGAAUGAUUGUGUUAGAAUCUAUAUAAGCUUGUGGAAAUACUCUUGAACCCACCACUACUAAACAAUUAAUGUAAAGUCUCUGGCUUGCAUCUGACAGGGUUUGAACCCAUGUUGCCAGUUAGAUUAAAGGACUGCAGCAUUAACCACUCGACAGGGAGUGUUACUGUUAGUCCUUUAAGCAACAAGUACAGGAAGACAUGGUAAACAAGUUUAGACUUCUAUGUUUUGUUACCAAAGUUCUUAAUUUUAAUCAUUAAAGUCCCCUAAUUUGUUAAUGGACAGGUCCUAGUUUAAAGCAGGUAAAGUCCAUUGCAAGGUUUGUAGAGUAAUGGUUGGAAAUGAAUGGUCGGUUUUUGUAGACAUUUGUAGUAAUUAUUUCAUGUGAUCUUGAUUUAACAACUAAUGCAUUUUGUACAUACUUAUUUUUAACAUGUUUCACUUUUGAUAUUUGAGUUUUGUUUUUAAAUUUUUCACUUUUGAAGCUGUGCUUCUAUGUAAAUAAUAUCUAUUCUUUUAACAAUGUCUUCUGCAUGAACAAUUAGAUUUUAUUUUAGGUCUGCGCUUCGAUCUGUCUGUUUUCCUGCAUCUGUAAUAUUUUUUUUUAAUAUUAAGAAAAGCAAUUGAUAGUUAAAAAUAUUGUGCACGGUUUAUGUUCUAUAUUAGGAUUUAGGUUUGAGGUCUGCAGACUUAGUGUGCUUGUUAGAGAUUUUUAUAUACACUUUAGUAGGUAUGGUCAAUAUUUCAACUCCUCUCAGAUUGCUACAUUAGGUAUAUUAUCUUAUUGAAGUUAUGUUUUAUUUUGAUACAUGUUAUCUAUCACAUCACAUAUUUUUACUUUCUAGGUUGUAACAAUGAAACUUUUGACAUAUGUUAUGUAUUGAUUGCUGUUACAUUCUAUCAUAAUGUUGCCAAAAUCUUUUACCUUUGAUAUGAUAUACAAGUUUUUCUACGAGUGAUUAAGGGUGGUUGUUCAUCCCUUGCUAUCUAUAGAAAAAUCUAUAGGUUGCAAGUUCUUUUAUAGAAUUCACUGGUUUUAUAGCUUAACUCUUACUAUAUUUUAUAUUUUGAAUUGACUGGACGAUCUUUCAAUCUAGGCCAAACCAUUCAUGUUUAUUCAGGGAAAAUUUCAAAAACUGUACUGCCUGAAUAGUGAACAGUGCAGAUCAUGAUUAGAUUCCCCUGAUGUGCCGGCUGAUCUUGAUCGUCACUGGUCAUAUUGGUAUAAUCCAUUGCAACAGCAGUCCACAAAUAAAAAUAAUUGUUGGGACCAAGACUGUUUUGUUUUGUGUUGUUUAUUGAAAAAGGAUUGUAGGCAAGAAAGAAUUUUUUUUUUAAGUUUCAUUACUUUUUUUCCAUUUUCUGAAGUCAUUUCCAUUUACAGUACUGAAUAGUCUACCUAUAAUUUACGUUUUAUUGUAUUCUGAAGUAAGAAUGAGAUUAAACAAUUGGCAACUGAAAAGAAUUUAUACAUUAACAAAUGUUUCAAAAGUUGAAAUAAAUAUUUGACAUACUU